AUGGAGUCUGCUGUUCUAAGUAAUGAUAUGUACUCGGCAGCAUGGUCCCAGGAUUCAUGCUCAGCAUCAACAGUGAGCAUUGCUGUUUUUGUUGCUAGGGUAACAGCACUGUAUUCAUUGAGAACGACGACACGCACAAGGACAACAGCAAGGGGCAUUAUGUGGCGUCAGGGGAUCCAAAAUUGGUGCAACCGCGCUUUGCUUCAAGUCUACAAAAGCACCGCCCUCGCUGUUGUAGACCCCAUUGGGGCAGUGGUGGGGGGUGUGGUGUUCAAUUCGUACCCUUAUGUCAUGAUGGGUUACACCGCCGCAGAUUUUGUCGCCCUCAACUAUUUUGGCCAGGAAUUGCUACACGACGCAGAGAGCAAGCCGUGA